UACAAACAAAUUCUUUGUUUGUAUCUUUGAUGGCCAGUAAUUAUCAGUCUGAGAAUUUAAAAAUUCUCCAAAUGAUUAUCAAAAUUAUUAAUAUUUUUAAUAAUCAUUUAGAGAAUUUUUCGACCUCAACUCAAA